AUGUUAUUCAACAUGCUGGUCCGCUAUUUCAUGCUCUCGGUGCUGGCAGAGCGUGUAGUCAGCUUCGUACUUCCAUCCCAAGAAAUCCUCACUUCUUCUCCAGCAGAGAAAGACCCCAAUGCAAUUCUCUCGGCCCUUCGCGAUGCAGAAGUCAUCCCCGAUGUUCUAGACACAUUCUCACCUCUGCUCUCCCUGACCGCAAACUGGUCUUCUUCCGCAGAAACAUCCCUCGGCAACACACUUCCACCAUCUCAACUAUCCCAUCGUCCUGACAUCUAUGCCUCGCUGAUUCCUUCUGCGUACCUACCCCAUGGCAUAGAAUACGUACUUGCCCUCACAGACCCUGAUGGCCCUUCCCGCGACAACCCUAAAUGGAGUCAAGUAUGCCAUUGGCUGGGUUCCUCCAGAGAUGGCGAUGUCAAGGAGUUGGUGGAGUAUAAAGCUCCUGCGCCUCCAGAGAAAACUGGAAAACAUAGAUAUGUUGCUGUGGUUUUGGUACCCAGGAAUGGUACUACUGAGCCACUGGAUUUGGUGGUUCCGGAAGAGAGGAAGAGGUGGGGGUAUGAUGGGGAGAGAGCUGGUGUUAGGGAGUUUGCGGGUGUGAAUGGGUUGAAGGUUAUUGCUGCAAACUUCAUCUAUUCGCAGAACGACAAGCAGUAG